AUGAGCAAGGGGAACGGCGCCGGUCGGAGCGCUUCUCUGAACUUCACCAUCGACAACAUCCUCAACUUGAGGCCGCCGGGCAAGGACGACUCCGGCGAAAAUGGGUGCGAAAACGACGCCUUUGAGGAGGCGUGGGUCGUCCCGAGGCGGCAUGAGGCCGGAUCCCGGGAAACAGUCGUCGGCGACACGUCAGAACCGCGACCAGCAGCCGGCGCCAAGAAAAAGACACGCACCAUCUUCUCCAAGAGGCAGAUCUUCCAGCUGGAGGCCACGUUCGACGUGAAGCGCUACCUGAGCAGCUCGGAGCGAGCGGGCCUGGCCGGCGCGCUGCAGCUCACCGAGACCCAAGUGAAGAUCUGGUUCCAGAACCGCCGCAACAAGCUCAAGAGGCAGCUGUCGGCGGACGACGACGGGCCCGCAAGCGCGCACGUGCAGAGCGUUUACAAAGAGAGCCUGCGUCUGUUUCCGAUGCCCUUCCCAGUCUUUUAUCCCAACGCAAUCUACUUCUCCAACACGGCCAAAUGUUUUGGACUUUUUGAUGCGGAUAGAUGA